AUGAAGGUGGCAACCGUUUGCUUGGCCAUUGUGGCCCUUGUAGGAAGCGCAGCAGCCGUUUCCUACCCUUCGCAAAAGUGUCCCACGAAUGAGGUUCUGGUGGCUUCGCCGCCAUGCUGCGAACCAACCUGCGAUUGUGACUGUGAUACGUCUUGCCAGCAGUUACUCGUCUACCAGCCGACUUGCGUCUGCAUGACCGGCUACGUACGUCUCGAUGGCCAAUGCGUUCCAAAAUCGUGCUGCCCUGUUCCCGAAACCGAGCCACCGUGUGCACCAGUGACGGCUGCUCCCGUAUACCAACCACCAUCUUGUGGAUGUGGACAGAAUCCUUGCCAAUGUGCGCAGCCGGCUUAUCAUCCUGCUCCCGUCUACAAUCCAGCACCUGUCUACCAACCAUGUGAAACUACUUGUGCCCCGGUAGUGACCUCCACCUGUUCUUACCAUUCCGCACCCGUCUACGAACAGCCGUCGUGUGGCGGAUGUGACCAAUAUCCUUGCCAGUGUGCUCAACCUGCUUAUCAACCUGCUCCCGUCUACAAUCCGGCACCUGUCUACCAGCCGUGUGAAACUACUUGUGCUCCGGUAGUGACCUCCACCUGUUCGUACCAGCGUGCUCAUGUCUACGAACAGCCAUCGUGUGGCGGAUGUGGUCAAACUCCAUGCCAAUGUGCUCAGCCUGCUUAUCAGCCUGCUCCGGUCUACGAACAGCCAUCGUGUGGCGGAUGUGGUCAAACUCCAUGUCAGUGUGCUCAGCCUGCUUAUCAGCCUGCUCCGCCAUGUGAGACUACCACCGUCUAUACUACGCCCGCUUGUGAAACACCUAAACCUCCGACCUGUGCGCCCUGUGAGCAGCUGGUUUUCGUAAACCCAUGCUGUGAACCGACCUGUGACAACGAUUGCUCCGGUGUACAAUGCAACCCGCUGCUGCUAGUAGAGGAGCCAACCUGUGCAUGUCGACCUGGUCUCGUCCGGUACCAGGGACACUGUGUUGAACCGUCCGUCUGCCCGCGAAGUGCUUCCCGCUAUCGGCUGUUUGUACCGAAAACUGUUUCGUGUGCUUGUAACAAGCAGAAUGUCGUUGUUUACUAA